AUGGCAGCACCACUUGCAGCCGUGGCUCGCGCCCCCAAGAUGGGCCGCAAAGAAAUAUUUCUUCCCAAUUUUACAAUAACACUCCUCCGCACACCGAAUCUCCCACCCUCCUUCGCAUCUUUCAUUGUGCCUCUCAAUUUGAAUAAAUUGGAUAUGAGGGAUUAUCUAUGGAAUGCGUAUGGCAUAGAAGUUCGAGCAGUACGAAGUUAUAUACAAGCGCAGAAAUUGAAGGAGGGGAAAUCAGGGCAGAAAAUCCCUACACCUAGGAAAUGGUUUAGGCCGAGGAGUAUUAAGAGGAUGAUGGUAGAGAUGGAGAGACCAUUUGUGUGGCCUGAGGAACCUAAGGACUUUUCUCCGUAUGUUGUGACUCUUGAGGGUUUUGUGUUUAUGGUGGGGAAAUGGAUGGUGUAUUAA